ACGGCUGUAGCAGUCAACUACGCUAUGACGAGGACUUUUUCAACCACUCCCGAAUACUAUGUGAUUUACGACACCGGUGUAUCUUUGACACGUGUCACCAUGAUUUCGUUUGCUGCAGCCGGUGAGCCCAAGAUGAAGGCGUCAUACGCGCAUUUCAACGUUCUGAGCGUUGGGCAUGAUCGAAAUACGCGCGACAAAUUUAUGUUAAAGCACCGCCAGGAUAUCCAAAAGGAUAGGCACACUAUGGCUCAACUUUGGAAGGAGGCUGGAUGUGUCAAUGCUAUCCUCAGUGCUAACUCAGACGCAAUGUCGACAGUGGAGAGUGUUGCAUUUGACAUUGACUUCAAGACUAAGGUUGCUCGCUCGGAAUUUGAGGACGUCUGUAAUGACCUUCAUCCACGCUUUGCGAGACCCACCUAUGAUGCACUUGCGAAUGCUGACCUUUCAUUGGUAUGCGUGCCCGUGGCUUGUCUUGCAAAUAUUGUCUGA